AUGGCCAAUCCAGUAGGAGAGGACAACUGGCUCUCCUACAUAGAGGAGGCUGCACGCCACGCCACAGACCUGGAACAAAGCGUCAAUCUCGUCGAAAUAUACAAAAAGGCAGUGGGCGCAGAGCCUGGUAGCCUGAAAAUAUGGUUGGCGUACUGCCAGUACUUCUCGUCCCUCCGCGACGCCAGCGCCAGCGCCGAGACUAGCUGGUCUGACGAGGAAAAAGACAUAGGACAAGAAAUCUUCUCCCUCGAAGCGGAGCUCCAGCUGUGGCAGCUGGGAUACGACGCCGUCAAACUCCGCCUCGGCGAUAGUCAUUUGCUCUGGGACAAAAGAAUUGCUGUCGAGAAAGACGUACUUGCUACCACCAAACAGUCUCAAAUCGUUCAAAAAAUCGCGAACGAAUACAAACUCCGGCUCACAACUCCGCACCUCACAUGGGAUAAAACAUCACAGGCAUUCUCUAGCUUUCUCUCCGAGCACGACCAGAGCGCAUGGGAGAGCUCGAUGAAAGAAGUCACUUCAAGUGCUCAAAAGGCCAAGGCCAUCAUCACGGCCCGAGAUCCAUUUGAAACGCGACUGAAUCAAUCAAUCAGGCAAGGCGAGCUGGAUUCGCAACAAACGAUCAUGCUGGAAUACCUCGAAUGGGAGACGGCGCAAAGCUGGAAAGACCAGGACGACCCGCAGCUCGCAGCGGACAUUUGCUCUGCUCUCCACGAUAGAGCUCUCACAGGGACGUUCGCAUUCGACGAAGGAGUAUGGUAUGGCUAUAUAUCGUUCCUGUCAGCACGGCCCCAGCUUCAUCCCCCUGGAAAGCUGUUCGAUGCUGCACGCCGCGCUGUCCAGCAUUGUCCGUCCUCAGGCCGUCUCUGGGCCAGGUUUAUUCUUUGUGCCGAAGAGUCCAACUUCCCAUUUGAAGACAUUGAAUCGAUAAAAAAAUCAGCUACGGAGCAAAAAGAACUACGCUCCAAUGGCAUGGAUAACAUGAUUGAGAUGUAUCAGUCGUGGUGUGGAUAUGUCAAACGAACCGCCAUGAGUGCGACUGAAGGUGAUAAAAUCGUGGAAAUGGCCGAUGCUGCCAUUAAAACAUGCAUCGAAGAUAUCAGAGCAACAGGAAAAAAGUUGAUGCCGUUCCUCAAGCCCGAGCCCUGUGGAAGAAGCUGGCCAACGUGA